CCGGGUUCGGUCAACGUGUAAGAUCGGGAUCGGGAUUCUUAUUAUCAUUCUAUUUUCAGUUUGGUUGUUUAUUUACUUUAAAACAUAUGGAAAAGAAGCUUGCGGAAUACAGAGCAAAGAAAACAACGGAAGACACAUCUCUUAAGUGUCGUUUCUUUAAUCCCUUCAGAAAGCGGGAUGAUUCUUCGUCUCAGCCCAGGACAAACGAGAAUGGUACUUCUGAAUCAGAUGAAAAACAAAUACCACAGCUGGGGAAAUCUACCUACGAACCCUGGAAUAAAACCCAACUGACUCUCACAAUACUGAUGUGGAUUUUUGCUUGGCUCUUUUGUAUUGAAAAUCAGUUUGGGGCAGUUUUCUUUGUAAUCUCAAUGAUUUUUUUCAUUUACUACAACACAAGAACAUGUGCGAAGGAAAAACACAAACUGAGUGCCUACUCUGUAUUUAAUCCUAACUGCGAGAGAAUUGAUGGGACAUUUACGUCAGAGCAGUUUGAGAAAGAAUUGCUACAUGGUGCCAACUCUGUGAGAAGCUGAUGAAAAGGAUCUGAAUUAUAUUUUUAUUCUGAAUUUUUAAUUUAUUCAUCAAUGUACUUUACAUUUGAUGUAAUGUUUUUUUUUCCAUUUUGACCCAGAAAGGUAAAUAAAGGAUCUGAUUAUA